AGGCUUUGAGCAUGCGCAAUGGUCGUAGCAACAACUAUCAACAACCAUGGCUUCAUCUGGCGAAAGAAUUGGAGAAGAAGGCGCAUAUUUCCUCGAACGUGCCACAAUUACUGAGGAUUCAGAUGAUGAGUUCCAAUAUGAAGAGAUCCCUAUUGAUGAUGAUUUAGUCUCUGAAAUCGAUGAGGAUCUAAAUAAUGCUGUGCGUACUAUCCAGGAAGCACAAGAAGAUCAAGAAGCAGCUAAGAGAAAGGGAGGUCUCAUCCCUCCACCAGUCACCCAGAGGCCAGAAGUCAUAGAUGACUUUGUCCGAAAUUUCCUGGUCAAGAUGGGAAUGAGUCGUACCUUAGAUUGCUUUCAGACGGAAUGGUAUGAGCUCCAGCAGCGUGGUUUGAUGAAUGAAGAGGAUGUUGGAACUGUACCAGAUAUCUACUGCCGCAAUCAACAACUGGAUAAUCAAGUCAAGAUACUACGUACUGAUGUGGACAAAUUUAGGGAUGCUGCCAUGAAAGCCAAGGAGACCUAUGUGAAGCUACGGAAGGAGAGGGACUUUCAUCGCAUGCAUCACAAGAGGGUUGUCCAAGAAAAGAACAAGUUGAUUGAUGACAUCAAGAGGCUGAAGCGUCAUUAUAGUUCAUAUGAACCAACCUUACAGCAGCUAAAGCAGAAGUAUGAGACAGUGAUGAAGGAACGUAUGUUGGCCAAGCUUGAAAGAGACAGAUCUGUCAAUCAGGUGUCAGCACUGCAAGCUACCCUGCGUAGCCUGGAGAGUGGUUUGAGAGAGGGCGCUACAAAGGAGAUGACGAAGGAAGAGAGACGUCUUAUGUUUGCAUCAGGUGUGGGUCCGACCCAACAGGCCGUCCAUAGGGCACGUGAGAUGACAGAGGAACCCUUCAGACCUGACCCUAGUAGUAUGGAUGUGACUCAACAGACCCUACCAAGACAUCCUAAGGAUUCCGAGUUUCCAGUAGAUAAUGGUGUAAACCCACAGCUUGCUAAUGUGAAGGGUCCAUCUGCCCAUCUGACACGUACUGGUGGGUUUAGACUUACCCAUACCUUCCAAGCUCACAGUCUGGCUGUCAGUGGGAUAGCCCUGCAUCCCCGUAAGCAGAUCUUAGCGACAGUGAGUGAUGAUCAGACUUGGAAGAUGUGGUCUAUUCCUAGCGGUGACAUCAUCAUGACCGGUGAGGGUCAUACAGACUGGAUUGCAGAUUGUGAUUUCCAUCCAAGUGGUUCUCAGCUUGUGACAGCUAGCGGUGAUGGAACGGUGAAGAUCUGGGACUUCUCUAAAGCUGAGUGUGUGCAUACGUUCUCAGAACACCAACAUGCCGUAUGGGGUUGUUCAUGGCACACAUGUGGUGAUUUUGUAGCAAGUGCAUCCUUGGAUAAUACCUCGAAGAUAUGGGAUCUCAACAGCCUUCGUUGUAGAUACACACUGCGGGGUCAUGCUGAUUCAGUCAACUCUGUCAUGUUCCUGCCUUACUCUAAUAACAUCCUGACAGCAUCAGCCGAUAAGACUGUAUCUCUAUGGGAUGCACGAACGGGUCUUUGUGGUCAGACUUUCUAUGGCCAUGUUCACUCCAUCAACCAUGCCACGUUCAGCCUGCGAGGUGACAGCAUUGCUUCCUGUGAUUCCUACGGCGUGGUCAGGGUGUGGGACACACGAACGUGUGCAUCCAUGGUGACCUUUGAUGUAGGACCGCACCCGAACAACAGAGCCGCCUUUGACUCCUCCGGCACCGUCCUGGCUGUGGGUAGCAACGAUGGAACCGUCAAGAUGAUGGAUCUGACAUCUGGCCAGGUGUCUAGUCUAGCUGGUCAUGAGGAUGCUGUCCAUGCUGUUAUGUUUGACAGGGCUGGGGACUUCUUGGUCUCCGGAGGUGCAGAUAACACUGUUAGGAUCUGGUCCUGAAUCAGUCGGUCCCUUUGACACUUAGCCCACCCCCUCAUCUCUUGCUCCGUCCAGGCCUACCAAUACAUCUGUCAAAGUCAAAUAUAGUCUUUGUAUAAUGCAUCAAUGUUUGCUUAUAUGUUUUAAAUAAGAUUACAUUCUUAUACCAAAAAUACAUCGAGUGAAUUCGUAUUAAGGUAAAUUGUCACUUGGUCUACUCCCAUUUUGUCUACAUUCUGUUUGGUCUCAUCAGACAUGGCCUAAUCUCAGUUCAUCUAUAACCAGUUCAUGUAUCAACCAUUUGGUCCAAGUGACAUUUAUCCCAUUCACCAAUUUGUCUUAUUUUCAAUUUUACCCAUUUGGUAUAUUAUGUACUUAGUCUAUGUGAUUAGACAAAUUGUUCAUGAACCAAAUUUUCAUUUCAAACAGUGCAGAAUGAUAACUUGAUGAAGUGAAAGUUAGAACAUCUGGGACCCGUAACACGAAGAUUAGGGAUGAAUAGCUAAUAUGAAAGAACACUUCUGAUUGGUCCCUGGUCAGUAUUUUGAAUUAAAUGCACGUGUAACAUUGAUAUUGAAUAGUCGGUCCAUUUAGCGCUUUAUCGCUAAUAUUUGUGUUACAGAGCAAAGGACAUUAGAUUAAAUGAUAGACCAAGUGAGGUUUUACCAAACUUCAAUUAGAACAAAUUGAUAGUAGACCAAUUGCAUACAAACCCUUCAUUGGCAAAAAAGGGUUACUUUUACCAUUCUAAAAUCCAGUUUUUGACACUUGCAAGAAAAAUAUAGCUAUCUGAAGAGCAUGCCUGACAGUUUCUGCUAGCAGCUUUGAAGGAAAUGAGUUUCUAUUCAAAUCUUCUUACUCUCUUACUUCAAUCAGUCCCUUUCAUUUAAUUUUUUUUACUGUACAUUUUGUAAAAUUGUUGAUAGAUAUUAUAUUACUGAUAUAAUUGAAAUUAGCACAUUUAGAAAAAAAAAAUUAAUGCAGAAGUAUAAAAUUACUAUAUUUAGAAAGGUAUUGAAUAACACAAUGAAUUUUCUGUUAAAUAUCAUUUAAAAGCCUUAAAGACAGUUUCAACUUUGUUUAAAACAAUACCAUCUGUUUUUGGUGCGAAAGACAAUUUGUUCUUCAACUGUUACUUGCAACGAAAAUGUGUAUACGUCUACAAUGAAUGUACAUGUAUAGCAGAAUCUUAUAUGUGUGUAAAUUUUCCAUAUUUCAUUAUUGUAUAUACAUGUAUUUUAACAAAUUAAAGAAAAAAUAUUGACGAGACAA